AUGAUAUCCCUGCUGCUCUUUUUGUCUGGAGAUGUUGAGAUGAACCCAGGACCUCCUAUGUAUCAGCCUGAACACAGUGACGGAAAACAACCUAGGAAAACAGAGGCUAGUAGAGCACAGCAACAACAGGGCACAGGUUUGAGGGAAUCCAUUCUGAAAGGAGAGAAAUAUAUGGAAAAAGGAUGUUGGCAGGAGGCAACUGAUGUUUUUAACAAAUUGAUUUAUUGCGUGCCCCCUUUAGGAGACCCAAGCUUGACUUGUAGACUUUUUUGUAACAGAGCAAGGUGUCAUCUUUCCCAGGGGUUUGUUCUGCUUGCAGUGAAAGAUGUCCACUCUGCCCUUAACUAUUCAAAACCAAGGUGUUUGCAAGCUGAAGAAAUUCCCAUGAUUUUAAAGUUGCAAAGAGAAAUUGAGACAUGCUUGAACUUUCAUCAGUUUUCUCCAUUGGAUUUUCUACAUGAAGAUGAAAUAAAAUACCUGAGGGAAAGCAAAGAUCAGACCAUACAUGCCUGUCUUUCGGGGGAGCCACUAACUGCACUUCUCUGGAACAGAACUGUGAUUGCCCUAGGGACAAGAUUGUGUGAUGCUCUUGAUUAUCAGGAGUUACUUAUUGCAUUAAAACUACACCAUGCUCUGUUUUGUUUGUGCCAUAUUGAAAGAAUCACAGAAGAAAGCCAGCUGCUUCAGGAGAAGGAGCUUUUCUUGGAGGAGGCCUGUAAACAAUGUAAAGAAGUCAUUCAGAUCAUCACUAGAUGGAAAACAUCAAGUAUAAAUAUGCAGGUCUAUCUGUUUGAUGCACAUCAUAAAUUGGCUCAAAUUAUGCUCAGACUAAAGAAGUUUGACCAGGCAUUAAAAGAAGUGAACGCUGCAAUAGAAAUGAACCAGUGUCAGGAGACCUUAGCCUUAGAUGCCAUUUUUAACCUAAAAUCAGAAAUUGAGAAGAAAAUGAAAAACAUGGAGGCGAGGGAGAAACCGAAGAAACUGCAGGUUAAUUUAAGACAAACUCUUCCUGCGGAUGAGAAUGCAGAAGAAGCUUUAGCAUCAAGAGAAACAGAAUGUCUACAGCAGUCGAUAAAGGCUGAGGAUAAGAUCAGAGAGACCCCCAGCAAAGCAGGAUGUUUUACGUGUGAUGUGUGUAAUGUCAUUUGUAAUGGGCAGCAACAGUACCACCAACAUUGCAGUGGCUCUAAACACCAGCAAAAGCUACUGCAGAGACAGAAAGAUUUGGACACUGGAUCUGUUAAACGGGAACCUCAAACAUUUGAUCAAAAUAAAACAAAUCAGACUAAUGUAGGGACAGAAAUAGUAGGAAGACUAAGAGUAGAUGAACCAAAUGAUGCAGAAGGACAAAACCCCAUAAAAACGAUGGUGGGUCACUUGAAAAGAGAACAUUCAACUUUACAAGGUCCAGAGCAAGGAAUGACCAGCCCUGCAGAUGCAUCAUCUGUCUCAGGGAAUUCCAUUCAAAGCCUGGCAGCCCAAAUAAGCACUGCUUUAGGCGCUCCCUACAGGGCAAUGGUGGGUUGCAGUAAAUGCACUGAAAAAGUUGAAAAUGAAGAGAAAUUCUCUCUGAGAGUUGGCACAACUUCACAUUUGUGUACAAGGAACAUGCUGCUUGUACAAAACCAGAACAAGCCCUUAUCCCAUUGGGUGGAAAUUCGGUUACGAACAAGUCACAAGUCCUUUGCUGGUAACUAUGUGAUGUGUGGAGCAGUGAUUGCAAAUGGCAAAUGUUGCCAUGGAGACAGUUGCACCUUUGCCAGAUCGGAGGAAGAAAGAAAUUUGUGGAACCUAGAGAAAAAAGAACAGUUUAGCAUCUUAUCUUUUUUUGAAAGGCUCAAAGGUUUUUCUGCACCAGAGGAAAAGGGACCAGCUGUUGCAGCCUCAGCUUCUCAAUUGUCAAUUUCUUCAAUUUUAAUAAAGCAUGGCGGACAAUUCAAAGUUGUGUGCAGAGACUGCUUUCAACGAAAACCACCGGUCAUAAGCAAGAAAAGACCUGGACGCUCUAUUUGUGAAGAUCCAAAGUGUCAUGAGUGGGUAAUGGGAUCAAAUGUACUUAUUCAUCAGAAAAAGGUAGGAGGGGAAAUGGAAACAUUGGUAAUAAACCCCAAGCCAACAAUACCUGGAGACUUUGCAUUGUGUAAGAAGGGAAAAUUGUGUGUAGAUGAAACCUGUAAAACAAAGCUAGCCCAUUCUGUGGUUGAACAAGAUGUCUGGCAGUAUGAAGACAAGAUGGGAAUAGAUAGGAAGCAACUUCAGGCAGAAGUAACAUCCAAAAGACAGGCUGGAAUUCAAAGAAAGAGAAUGGCUUCUUUGCCAGAAACAAUCCCCGAUUCCGUAGAGCAAACACUUAAAAGAACAGAUUCUAUGUCUUCCAUCACUUCUUGCUUUUCUACUGAUGAGCAAUUGCGCAACAUUAAUUGCCCUUAUGAUCUCAGUUGGUGUUGCAGGAAAUGUUUUGAAGAAGGACGGGUAGCUGGUCCAAACAGAACCGAAUCAAAAUGCAGUGCUUCAAGACAUCCUUGGUCCUCAAAUACCAAAAUAUGUGUGUAUAAUAGCCGUGGUAGAAAGGCAUUUGAAAUAAGAGACUGUCCAUCUAUACCAAAUGACACAUUUAAAUUAUGUCGCGGAAUUGAGCAGAAAGGGAAGUGUUCUUAUUGGGGUGGUCCAUGUAGAUUCCCCCACAGUUUGGAGGAGAAGGAGAUUUGGGAGUGGCAAAAGAAAAAUAAUGUGGCCACACAGGAGGAAUUGGUGAUGGUGUCACAAAGGAAUCGGACAACUAGAAAAUCAAGCAAAGAUUCUUCGACAUCCCAUGUACUUCAGUGGGGUACGAAUACAAUUGGAAAGCAGGUCUUUUGCGAGAUUUGCUGUGUGACAUGUAAUAGCCACGCCCAGUAUCAGAAACACUGUGCCUCUGACAAGCAUAAGGCAAAUUUAGAUUCUACAGUGGACCUGGAUGCAUCUUACAAACAUAGGAAACCACCAUUAGGAGUGUAUAAUGGCAAAUUUGAGCUGUGUGAAAACCCUGGUGCGUGUGAUUUGGGCAACUACUGCCCACAGGCUCACAGUGAGGAGGAACUCCAGGAGUGGAAGAUGAGGCAUGAUGAGAAGAAAAGACGAAUGAAAAUCAACAGAGAUAAAAAACAACUUGACUAUGUGAACAGAUUAAUGGAAGAAUACAAAGACUUUGGAGGGGCAGUGCUCAAGGAUCACCUUGAAGAUGUUGAUGUGGAGGUGAAUGGGGUUGCAUGUCCAGCGGGAAUAGUGAAAGAAGAAUUUACUGAUGGAAGAUUGGAUUAUGAAUGGCAGUUUGAUGUCACAGCUAAGGUGAAUUUAAAGAAGAUCUCCUUGCUUUUGCAUACUGGCAGAGUGAAUUUUUGCCUGAGAAGCAGCAACAAAGACUUUGCAGAUGGAGAGGAAUUCUGCACAGAUGUGGCGAAAAACAAAUAUUCCAUCCCAGUUUUGUUCCAUUCUCAUGUACCAGUCGGUUCUUUUGAGCAGUGGCUGAUACUGGACUUUGGAGAGAAACCCCAUCUGCAAAUCAAACUUUUGGUGGACCUGGCCCAGGAGAAUGAGAUGAAAGAGCUACAAAGUGCAAGGCAACAAAUUAUGACAGAUGAAAUGUUUAGAAAUGUUGAACUGGAGCCGUUUCCCAAAUGUAAACUGACAUCUGGGUUGAUAACAGAGUUUUUAAAUCGUCAAAAGCGACUGCAAACAAAUCCUGCUGUCAAAGUGCAGUCCUUAACAGCUGUUGAUGAAUAUACCACUCACUUAAACCAACACAAUUACAAGCAUUGCCUGAAACGUUGGCUAGAUUUGGAAGAACUGGAGAUGGAAAAACUUCUACAAAGCCCUGGUGCGUGUGAUUUGGGCAACUACUGCCCACAGGCUCACAGUGAGGAGGAACUCCAGGAGUGGAAGAUGAGGCAUGAUGAGAAGAAAAGACGAAUGAAAAUCAACAGAGAUAAAAAACAACUUGACUAUGUGAACAGAUUAAUGGAAGAAUACAAAGACUUUGGAGGGGCAGUGCUCAAGGAUCACCUUGAAGAUGUUGAUGUGAAGGUGAAUGGGGUUGCAUGUCCAGCGGGAAUAGUGAAAGAAGAAUUUACUGAUGGAAGAUUGGAUUAUGAAUGGCAGUUUGAUGUCACAGCUAAGGUGAAUUUAAAGAAGAUCUCCUUGCUUUUGCAUACUGGCCGAGUGAAUUUUUGCCUGAGAAGCAGCAACAAAGACUUUGCAGAUGGAGAGGAAUUCUGCACAGAUGUGGCGAAAAACAAAUAUUCCAUCCCAGUUCUGUUCCAUUCUCAUGUACCAGUUGGUUCUUUUGAGCAGUGGCUGAUACUGGACUUUGGAGAGAAACCCCAUCUGCAAAUCAAACUUUUGGUGGACCUGGCCCAGGAGAAUGAGAUGAAAGAGCUACAAAGUGCAAGGCAACAAAUUAUGACAGAUGAAAUGUUUAGAAAUGUUGAGCUGGAGCCGUUUCCCAAAUGUAAACUGACAUCUGGGUUGAUAACAGAGUUUUUAAAUCGUCAAAAGCGACUGCAAACAAAUCCUGCUGUCAAAGUACAGUCCUUAACAGCUGUUGAUGAACAUACCACUCACUUAAACCAACACAAUUACAAGCAUUGCCUGAAACGUUGGCUGGAUUUGGAAGAACUGGAGAUGGAAAAACUUCUACAAAGGUCCAUGCUGCAGACAACAUGCAAACUGCUACCAUUUGAAGAUGGCGGUGAAAACGUACCAUGUGAUUGUAUUGAGGCUAGAGCACCUGUCCCUCCUGAACUGAGUUGUGAUGGAAAACAAGGGCACUUGAUAGCCAAUCAUGUCAAGAAGGUGUAUGUAAUGGCAGUUGAGCCCACAGCUUGUAAGGCCUAUGAAGCUGUUCUCAUCAAGGGUCAGUACAGGCAAGGUACCGCUGUACUGGUAGACCAGGGGAGUAGCAUUCGGAUGGUCCUUUCACCAACUUGUUCUGCAGAGUUGCAGCUCUAUGGGAAGCCCGAAGUAGAUUUGAAAAUCAGUUUUCAGCUGGACAAAGAAAACCUCAGAUUAAUGGGCUUUGCUGUUGACAUGUUUGGGCAUGUGGACCAGCUGUUUCCUGAUAUUUCCAAGAUCAAUCCAGCAUUAGUCAGUGUUGAAGACAAACCUGUGAGCAUGAGUAAGAAUUUUGAGGAGAAGAACUUGCAGAUUGUCAAUCAUUUGUUGAGCAAGAAGACUGGGUAUAUAAAGCAGCCUCCCUUGAUAGUAUAUGGUCCUUUUGGCAGCGGAAAAACUUACACCCUCUCACAGGCCAUGUUGAAUAUGAUCAGUGUCACACAGCAGCGUUGUCUUAUAUGCUGCAAGUCAGAUAGUGCUGCUGAUAUUUAUAUUCUGAAGUACCUGCAACCCUUCCUGAAAGAAAGGGGGAAAACAGUGAGUGUUCUGAGGGUUUAUGGAGACCAAAAAUCCAUAUGCGAUGUCCGCACAGACAUUUUACAGUACUGUGAACAUGAUGAUACCAAACUGACCUAUCCCAGUGAAUCCAGGCUACAAAAAAGCAACAUCAUUAUCACUACACUGAAGUCUUCCAUUUUGCUGUUUGAUACAAGUGUGUCUGGGAAGUUUACACACAUUUUGAUAGAUGAGGCAGCACAAGCGAUAGAACCAGAAAGUCUGAUUCCAUUACUGUUGGCCAACAAAGACACAGUACUUUGUCUUACUGGUGACCAUAUGCAAGUAACCCCAAAUGUGUAUUGCAAUGCUGUGCGACCCUGGCUUCAGCAGACCAUGUUUCAGAGGUUGUUCAAGCUUUACGAAAAAGAAAAAGACACAAAUUACAAAGUUGUCCUGUCAGGAAACUACAGAAAUUGCCAGGAAAUCUUGGACUUUGUCUCUGAUGUAUUCUAUAAAACCAAAUUAUGUUCAAGACGAGAAAUUCCAACUUUUGAAGAUUAUUUUCCUUUAUCAUUUUAUAUGGUUCAAGGAAAGCAGGAACACAGCCAGUGCGGUAUGUCUUACUAUAACACUGCAGAAGCAGAAGCAAUUGCCAGUGAAACUGAGAAGCUCUUCAAAUCAUGGCCUUUGGCAGAGCAAAUAGACAGUGAAGAAAUAGCUAUUCUUACUCCAUACUAUGAACAGGUGAAGUGUAUCAGAAAUGCUCUCAAGGGGAAGGACCUUGGCCACCACUCUAGGAAAGUUGUUGUGGAUGUAAUUGAGAAUGCCCAGGGCAAUGAAUACUGGGCCGUACUGCUGAGUACAGUUUGUACAAAACAAAAACUGAUCAGUGAUAAAAAACAAAAAGGUCAUCAUCUGGGAGUAUUGUCAGACCCAAAACUUCUGAGUACUGCCUUUACAAGAGCCAGGUCUCUUGUCAUGGUGAUUGGCGAUCCUCUUGCCUUAUGUUCAGUUGGUUUGUGUCAGAGUGUGUGGAAAAGAUACUUGGACAUAUCAGCACAGCAUGAAGGUGUGAAACCUGCUAAUGUAAACCUUCAGUGGAUUGAAAAGUCUUUGGAACAGUUUCACAGUUAUAUUAUGUCUGAAAAUGAAAUGCAAGAUACCAUGAUCAUGCGUCCAGGCAGUCCCUCCUUUUCUGAUACAGUAUUAUCAAAUGUUUCAAAGGAUUCUGGAAUCAGCUCUGGCUAUAGUCAGUAUAGUGGGAGUGAGGUUUCCAUUUGCUCAACACAAACAGAAUCAUCCAGAAGCAAUUCUCCCUGUCCAGUUGGCAGAGAUGGUUAUGCUGAGUCAGAUAUUGGAAAUCCUGACACUGAUGCUAUUAUGAAAGCCUUGCAAAAAGAGUAUGACCAAAAAACUGCCAAGAUCCCCCUUAAAAGUAGAAGCAUUUUAGAUAUAGAGUAUGGUGACAUCGAUGUAAAAGCUGCAUCAAAUACCAUUUAUGACCGUAAACACAUAGAUAUAUGGUUACAGAACAGGAAUUUGGAUAUUGACACAUAUUCUGAGGAGUCUGACUGUUCUGGGGAUAUGUGUUUAGAUUAUUUUGAUUAUUUUAGCAGCAGAGGUCUGAAACCGUAUUAUGAAUGUUUGGAGCCACAUUUACUAAGAAACAAACUUGAAGAAGAUCCUGACAGAUACAAGAGAUGUAUUUUCCAGAUAGACACAUCACAAGAAGCAACAUGCAUUCCAGUUCAGAGAGAUGUAUCUGUGGACAAAAUUAAGAUUUACGGAAGACAGCGUUGUGGUCGAGCUUUUAGUGGUGAAGAAGUUGUGGUCGACAUAUUUGACUUACCAAUAGAUCCUGUUGACCCUUCUACAGGUGAAAUUGUGAAAAGAGGCAGGGUCCUUGGUGUCCUUGCCCACCUACCCCUACUUAAAGAGUACAAACUCAUCUGUAGUGUUGAUGACUAUAACUGUUCUUUGAUGAAACCUAUUUGUAAAACAAUGCCCAAGGUAGUGAUUUUCAAUAAACAUGGUGGGGAAAAUUCUGUCAGUGUAUACAGAGUAAAGGAAGGACGAGACAAUGAAGCAAAAAUGGAAUUAGUAUACACGGAAAUGAUAAAACCCCAGAGCAAGCACAACAGGCUGUUCAUUGUGCGAUAUCUUACCUGGAAAGAUCAUUGCCGAUAUCCUUUGGGAGUGGUGGUAGAUGUGAAACCAGCAGCAAAUUCAUUGGAAAAUGGGCUGGAGUUGCUGAAAAUCCAAUACCGUCUGACCCAUCAAUUCACUGCACAAAGUAGAAAGCUUUUACACACAAUCUAUGGCAAUAACUAUAAAAUCCCAUCUAAUGAAUUAGACUCUAGAAAAGACUUCAGGAGCAUCUACACAUUUACCAUUGACCCACUGAAUGCAAAAGACUUUGAUGAUGCAUUGAGUUGUGUAGGAAACAAAUAAUGAAAACGAGUUUCAAGUCAU